AUGGCGGAAAGGAGAGGAAGGUCAAUGAAAAGAAAAAUUGAAGAAGUCGAGAAAACUGAAAGUCACGAAAAGCAAAGUAACAUUAAGCGAUUUUUUGGAGCCUCUAAAGUAGGUAGGAAAUGCUUGAUUUCAAUUUUAUGUAUUUUUAUUGCUGCAAAUCAGAACAGAACCUGAUUACACCCACUGGCAGGAAAUGACAUUCUAUAAAUAAAUUACAGAGUGAAGCUAUUAUAAACACAGUUUCUAGCUAUCCCCCAUUUGGUUUGGUUUGUUGUGUACAGCUAGCAAUAUAAUCCGUUAUACCUCAAUAUCCGCAUACAAAUUCCCCACACUGAUCUCCAUACAAAUAUUAAAGGAUAAGUUGAGAAAAUUUGUUCUAAUAUCAAGGCAUUUUCCCAUAGGUGAUGAUUCUAUUAAUUGGUACAACCUUUUCUUACGACAACAUCCACUUUGCAAGGGAAAAAAUGAGCUUUUCACUCCCCCACUUCAUCCCUGAGUCUCAGCUUGAACUUAUUUUUGCAAAUUGCUGGAAAAAUCGCAACAAUUAGAACCUGCAAAAAUUUUGUGCCACAUGUUCGUCUCAUACCCAGCCUGUCCUUUUCAUUUUUAGAAGAUAAUUCAAAAAGCACUGGGAUUUCAAAGUCUGAUGGCACAGGCAACCAAGAGCCUUCUUGGAAGUGGAAAGGAACUUUACUGUACUUUGAAUCACCAAGCAUCCAACCUUCAGACAAAAUUGCAAGUUUUGAUUUUGAUGGAACUUUAGCUAAGACAUCUUUAUUCAAGCAUGGCGCUGAUGCAUGGUCUAUACUGUAUCCUACGUGUGUACAGAAGCUGACAAAAUUGUACAAGGCAGGAUAUAAACUUGUAAUUUUCACCAAUCAGGCUGCCAUAGGCAAAGCUAAGGCUACAAAGGAGAAGGUUAUAGCUGAAAAGAAAGGCAGACUUGCAGGAUUUGUCAACAAGGUAGGAUGCACAUAAGUUGAGCAUGCAAUAUUGACUUGUUAUUAUUUUUCUUUACACAAAGUGAGAAUGCUCAGAUGUAUGUUGGCAAAGAAUUCAGUGAACUUCAAGGCAUGCAAUGGAAUGAAACAUAUUAAAAAUAUAUAAAACCUUUGUUUUGCUUUAGAGGAUAUUUGACUAUGUUUUCUCCCCAUCACUAUCAUUAUCAUCAUCAUCAUCAUUUUCAUCGUCAUAACCAUCAUCAUCAAAUUAAAAUGCUCUGUACUGCCUUAUCAACAAUAACAGCACUAGCAGCUUAGUAAAAUCACUGGGUGUAAACAAAAACACAUCCUAAAAGGUCAAGUCCCCUAUGCUGCUUAUUCAAUCAUUUCUGUGCUUAGCUUUUCAAUAAACCGUUAAGGGGAAAAUAUUGUUGCAUCUUCAAUGAUUCAAUGCAACACUGAAGAAAUAGAGAGAGCCAUCAUGAUAUUCCCUCGAUGAUUUACACUCUAGAAGUUUGGUGUGAGAACAUACUUCUAGGAGCAGCAGUUUCAUUAUGACAAAUGAAUCUCACAAAUAUAUAUUUCUCUGCCAUUUGUUUAUACUACCCUUACGCCAUCAGCUGGCCUUGGGUAAAACCUGGUCUUAUUCUCCCAAAUAAAUAGUGACUGAUUGUCUGUGUCAUAUAUGUUAAUUAGAUAAAACCAAUAUUAUUCGUAACCCUGGAAAGUUUGAUUAUUGUCAUGAAAUAAUGGUUCCUUUUUCAGGUUGGUCUUCCAUUCCAAAUACUUGUGGCAACAACAAAGGAUGACUAUCGCAAACCCAACACAGCAAUGUGGGAGUUCUUCUGUCAGAACUGUAAUGGGGAUGUCAAAAUUGACAAAGAGAAGAGUUUCUUUGUUGGUGAUGCAGCAGGAAGAAAAAAAGAUCAUAGUGCAAGUGAUAAGGAAUUUGCAGCAAAUUGUGGACUGAAAUUUUAUACCGAGGAUGAAUUUUUUGAAAAGGAUAUACCGGUACUUGAACACAAAGAUUAA